ACUGAGGCCAGACUGAGACUAAUGGCGGCGUCCACGGAGCAGGCCACGGGGGGCGUUGAGAAGACCGCGGCGGAAGAGAAACCGCGAGUUCUGGAACCCGGGGCAGCCCCGUUCGGAAAUUUCCCUCAUUAUUCCCGCUUCCACCCUCCAGAGCAACGGCUCCGCCUCCUACCCCCGGAGCUUCUUCGCCGGCUUUUCCCUCAGAGUUCCGAGACAAGGCCGAUCCUGGGACUCGACGUGGGGUGUAACUCCGGGGAUCUGAGUGUGGCUCUGUACAAACAUUUCCUUUCCCUACAUGAUGGGGAGACCUGCUCAGAUGCCUCAAGAGAACUCCAUCUCCUCUGCUGCGACAUAGAUCCUGUCCUGGUGGAACGAGCUGAAAAAGAAUGCCCUUUUCCUGAUGGGUUGACUUUUAUUACCCUGGACUUCAUGAAUCAAAGAACCCGGAAAGUUCUCCUGAGCUCUUUCUUGAGCCAAUUUGGACGCUCAGUUUUUGAUAUUGGCUUCUGCAUGUCAGUAACCAUGUGGAUUCACCUGAACCAUGGGGACCAAGGCCUGUGGGAGUUCCUGGCCCACCUUUCUUCCCUAUGCCGCUACCUCCUUGUGGAGCCACAGCCCUGGAAGUGUUACCGGGCAGCUGCAAGGCGUCUCCGGAAGCUGGGCCUCCAUGAUUUUGACCACUUCCGCUCCCUGGCCAUCCGAGGUGAUAUGGCCAGUCAGAUUGUGCACAUCUUGACCCAGGACCAUGGCAUGGAAUUAGUAUGCUGCUUUGGCAACACCAACUGGGACCGAAGCCUUCUGCUCUUCAGGACAAAACAAGCCACAGAGACUCAUCCGAUCCCUGAGUCACUGAUAGAAGAAGGAAAAGAAAGGAACAGAAUAAGAUUCUGGAGACAGUGAGAUGGGAGGGCGGUAAGACCAGGAUAGAGAUGUUGAAAAGAGUUUUAUAUAAAAAUUAAGUUAAAAAAAAAAUUAAGUUCACUCUCCUUAACUCCUGGUAGUUGGGCAGCCUCCAAACCUGGCAGAAGUUUUGUAAAUGUCCAGGACAUGGAACUAAACAAAUCAUUAUCUGUUCCCCAUUUUGGGGGAUGAUCCCUGAGGAGACUGUAUCUGAGGGGCAAUGACCUGGGCUGUCUGGAAGGAGGUGACCUGGAGAAAGUGCUUCUGGGAUAUGGAAGGGGAUGCUUUUGGUGAUUAUUUAGGAAAACUUAGACAAGGUUAGCCUUAGAAUGUAUCUGUUCCCUGGGCUACUUGAAUCUGAUCUGCCUUCUUCAGGCUUCUUCUAGACUUAUCCUGUCUAUGAGGCAAAACCUCACAAUACAGUCUGGAAUGGAAAGUCAUUAUCCUGUUUAAAGGGGAGCUUUGGUAGGAAAAAUAUCUUUCCAGAGCAGGUCAAGUUUCCAGCAUGCCCAGGCUGAGCACGGCAGUCACAGAUACAGUACUAGCCAAGAUACAUUGACUAGCAUUUACAAUGUGUUUAAAAGAUUUAAAUCAUGAAUUCAAAAUUCAUCUGGUACAAAUGAAUGAAGUGGGAUUGUAUACAGUAUAUACAAUUAUAUAUAAUAAAAGUAACUUGAAUAUGAUUGAGAAUACCCUGUGAAUCUGGAGUAGAAAAGAAACUUCUGCCUUUAACCACUCUACCCUUGGAGGUUUCAGCUCAAGAAAAAGAACCUCACCCAAGCUCAAAGCAGAAAACAUGCCAGUGAGUAAGUUAAUUUAGGACUCUCUUGUCAGGGACCUCUGCCAAAGCACACCAGCAUGAAGACACAUACCACUAUGGGGAUGGGAAUAUACGCAGGGAAGCGUACACAAAAUGCAGCCUGCAGUUGGAUGGCUGUAGCAUCUGUGCUGUGGAACAGGUGUCACUGAUGUCUGACAGGUGUCAAUUUUUAAAACACCCAUGAGUCUAUUCCAAGGGAAAAUGGAAGGUAGAAACAGAUUUGGUGGAGAGAAGACGGAAAAACAAAACACCUAGCUAAGAAGGGAGACUGGAUUGAUGAGUUUAAAAAUCCCUAAGAUCCUGUUUUCAGAGUUGAUGUUAUAAGAGGAAGGAACAGGGAACAAGAGAGUCUGAACCACCAAUUAGAGGUUGGACCUCUUGAAAGAGAAGUUAGGAAAAGUUCCUACUAAGGAAUUUGAACUUUAUGCAUGAGGGAGCAGAAGCCAGAGCAGUCUCUAAAUAAUAGGAGGAUGGAACCAAAACCUUCAUUUAGGAAAACCAGUUUUUCUAUUUUGUGCAGGAUAAUUGUAUGGUUGGUGCCAUUUCCAAUCUCAAUUAGACUCCAAUACUACUUCUCAGUCUUUUUAUAUUGCUGCUUCUGAUCACUUUUACCCUAGUGACUCUUCCAGACUUUUCCCCUCUGCAGGCUUUUGACUCUAUUCCUGCUCCAUUAAUCUACGCAGGUGCCCUAACCACCGCCUAGUGCCAUUUUUGUUUCAGGUGUCAAGAAGUCUUUUCUUGCCCUCAGUCUUGAACCCUUCAUCUUCCCUUGUUUUCACUUCUAACUUACCCAGUAAUGUUUUAUCCAAAUAACCUCUGCCUAAGUCCCUGAUCCCAGCCUAUACUACCUCUCCCAAAGUGUACUUUAUUAAGGAUCCUCUUGGUGUCCUUUGGCCCCAUUGACUCCUUCCUAUCCACCUACCAACAUGUUCAGUUCUCUCUCAUCUUCAAAACCACCAACUUUUCCUUUGUCCUAUCUCCCUCUCCACCUUAUGCAAUCUUUCCCUCCAUCUCUUCACCACCAAACAUGAGCAAAGUCCUUGAAAGAAAGGAUGCCAGAGCCUCUGCUCCCUCCCCUCCCAUUCAUCAGUGACAACCCAAACACCAUAUUCUGAGGUCUGUCUUCAGUCUUCCUCCUGAGCCAUGGAAUCAUUCAACACUAUUGACUCCUUCCUUAUUGAACGACUCGCCCUUGGUUUCUCUGUCAUACCUCUCCCCCUUUAUUCUCUUCCAAUCUCUUAGUUUCUCUCUGUCCUUUAAGCAAUUGGUUCAUAUUUUAAUUUGUAUAAAAAUUACCUGGGACGUCCUAGAUUCAUCUCCAGAAACAGUGAUUCGGGUCAGAAAUGGGGCUUAAGAUUUUGGUUUGAUUUGGGGUUUUGGCACUUUUUUUUUUUUUUUUUUUGCAUUUUUUUUUACUGUGGUAAAAUAAAUGUAACAUAAAAUGUAGUUUUAACUAUACAUUUCUGUGUACAUUCUGUGGCAUUAAAUACAUCCACAAUGAGGAAUCUUUUUAACAAGUACCCAAUAUGAUUCUGAUGCAAGUUGAAACACCACAGUGUAACACUGGGGGUUCCUUAGUAUCCAUCCAGUCCUCUUCUACAUAUUUUUCCUGGGGUGAUUUCCUCUGUUCCAAUACCUUUAACAACUGCCUAUACACUAAUAACCCCCAAUAGUUAUAAGCCCCACCUUCACAGUUCCAGAUUAAUAUUUCUCUGUUUUGUAGUCACAUUCCCUUGAUGGCUCAGACGGUAAAGAAUCUGCCUGCAAUGCAGGAGACCCGGGUUCAGUCUCUGGAUCAGGAAGAUCCCCUGGAGAAGGGAAUGGCAACCCACUCCAGUAUUCUUGCCUGGAGAAUUCCACAGAGGGGCCUGGCAGGCUACAGUCUAUGGGGUAACAAAGAGUCGGACAUGACUGAGUAACUAACACUUUUCCCUAGAUAGUUAUCUGGCACCUCAAAUCCAACAUAUCCCAAAAGCAAACUCACUACCUUUAUUCCAAACCUAAUCCUAUCUCAAUUGUUGGCAUCCUCUCAUUGCUUAAGCUACAAAUUUCAGUUAAUUCUCCUCAUUUAUACUUCCCACAUUGAAAUACAGCCCAGUAAAUUCUACCAGUAAUAUGUAAGUUCCACUUAUUCCAUCCAUGUGACUGGUGCCUACCAAAGGUUUCCAGGUACAUCUUCAGUGGUUUCCAGGUACUUAGAGUCUUGUCCAUUAUCCAGUGUCUAACGACUACUAUUCAAUAAGGUAGCUGCUUGCUAUUUAAAUUAAAUAAAAUGAAAUAAAAUUUAAAAUUCAGCUCCUCAGUUCUGUUGGCCACAUUUCAGGUGUUCAGUGGCCAUAUGUGACUAGUGACUAGAUUAUUGGACAGCACAGAUAUAGAAUAUUCCCAUUGUUGCCGAAAGUUCUGUAGGACAGUGCUAGUCUUCAUGCCUUUCCUCCAUACAUCAGUCAUACUGAAAUGAACUUCAUAGCACAAAUUCCUCCUUGCCUUUGCUCUCCCCUCCUCUUCCACUUUGCAGUGUGGUUCAACUGUUUGUCCUAAAAGAUGGCUCAGAUGUUACAUUUUCUCAGAAAUCUUCCCCAACUACUAUAGUACUUACAUUUGUUACUAUACUCUAGUGAGGACUUUGCAUGGAAGCCUCUAUUACAGUGUUUACCUCAUCGUACUAUAAUUGUUUUGAUGCCUCUUCCUCAUCACCAGGAGACUGAGCUCCUCAAGCUCAACUUAUUUUUGCAUAGCCCUAACUCAAUGUCUGACACAUGGUAGGCAGCCAGGAAUUACUUGUUGAAUGAAGAUAUGAGUGAACAAAAGAGAAAUACACCAGAAUUCAAGUACUGAGAAGAAAAGGGAGACCUAUGAAUGAGCAAAAGACUAUCCAGGAUACUGUAAAAAUGGGGAAACUAGAAAGUUGAGAGGAGAAUAUGCUUAGCCUUUGGCAUGGAUUUUUGAGUAAUGUUUCCCAAAUAUACAUCUGAGAUAAGAUGUUCAUUCCAAGGCCUUCUUUAUUGAUAGUUUGGAAGAGAGCAGCAAAUAAAGACUAGAUACAAAAAUUUGGAAGUCAUUCACAUAGAAUGAUUAAGAUUUAAUGAGUAGUAAAUUCCAAAAAUAGGUGGAUGUAAUAGGGGACAAGAUCCUAGGUUUGAGGGCUGCUAAUAGUUUUUGAGUGAGGAAAAUAAGGAACAACCAAAAGAGGUCUGGUUAGAAACAGGAAAAAAAGAAAACAGAAAAAGAUAAUACAGGACCAUGUGCCAGACAACAUAAAUUUUUAAAUCCUGAACCCUAUGGGAUAGAUACUAUUAUUAUCCUCAUUUUGCAGAUGUGGGAACUGAAGCAUACACAAGUUAAGUGACUCCCAAGGUCACACACCUUGUAAGCGGCAGAGCUGGGCUUUGAACCUAGGCAGUGUAGUUGCAGAGACUGGGCCUUGACUACUAUGCCUUGAAAUGUCACAGAAAUCAAGACUGAGAAGAGAUUCCCAGAAAACAGUGUAAAAGAGCAUAUGCUUUGGAGUUAUUAUGCUGCUUCAAAUUAUGUGUUCAGACCUGGGAAUAAGAGACCCAGCCAGGCCACUCUUAGGUAUGCCUGAUGUUCUUAGAAUUUCCCUCACAGAAAUCAGGCCUAAUUCUAGGUUUAAUACCUAGUAGUAGCCCUGCUGCUGCCGCCUUCCAAUUAAAUAAGCACAUUUUGCAGGCAUAGACACCCUGAUAGGUCUCCGUAAGUGCUAACUACCCUCACUGUGCUCUUGACUUGCCAGCAUCCAUAACCUUUCCCUGAAUUUCUGAAACAUCCAAUCUGCCCCUAGCUUUGACUUCUGGAUAGGACCUCCAAAAGUGGGUUUCAUGCUAAGGAAGUAGGGAUUCUAAGGCCUACUCCAGGAUGUAUUAAAAUCCAAAAGUCAGAGCCUUCUCAGCAAUCUGGCAUCAAGUGUGGCCUAGGAACAGUGCAGUGGAAAGAACAUCAGGUUUGGAAGGAGGCUCUGCCAGUAACUCAUUGUAUAACCACCCUAUUCAAUUCAUUUAACCUCUCUGAGCUUCAGUUUACUCAUCUGUACAACUGAAAUAACCAGGCCUUUUUCCUAUGCCCAGAUGAGCUAAACGAUAUGAAAGUAAUUGGCAGAAUAUGGUUAUGGUUAAACCAAAGUGCUAUUAUCUUCUAAGCAUGCUAUGGAUCACAACCAUGCCUGUUAGAUCAAAGGCUUAUGAGAAAAACAUCUCGUCUCUAGAAAACAUGCAUCUUACUAUUUCGAAUAAUUUGUUUUUUAAGAUGAGGAAGUAAUAGGAGUAUAGCUUCAGCUUACAGAACAUUUUAUAGGAAGCAAUGCUGGGAGGGAGUGAUCGUUAUGACGGUCGCGCAGUGAUAGCAGUGAUUACAGAUGUGAGUUUACCUACUUCUCUGCUGAUCUUAAUUUAAGAACACUUUGCAGCCCUGUGACCCUGCUGCUGCUCUCUCCCUUCACCAAGGCAAGGUGAAGAAAUAUAUAUGGGGCUGUGGCAGGCUGCAUAUUGGUCGUCUGAAAUGUCCACAUCCUAAUUAAUCCCUGAGACCUGUGGUUGCUACCUUCCAUAGCAAAAGGGACUUUGUAGAUGUGUACAGAUGUGUUGAGUAAGAAUUUUGAUUAAGGAUUUUGAGAUCAAGAGAUUAAUCCCGGUUAUCAGAGUUGGCCCUAAAUGUAAUCCUAAGUGUCCUUAAAGAGGGAGGCAAAGGGAGAUUUGACCACAGUAGGUGGAAUGACAGAAGCAAGAAGUCCGAGUGAUGUAAGGAAGGACUGGGAGCCAAGAAAUGAAGUUAGAAAAGGCAAGGAAGUUGAUUCCUCCCAGAAGCCUCCAAAAGGAAUGCUGCCCUGCCAAUACCUUGAUUUUAGACUUCUGACCUCCAGAACUGUAAGAGAAUAAAUUUGUGUUGUUUUUAAA